AUGAUCUGGUGGCUACUAGUUGCUUUUUGUUCUUUGAGCCAUUCUGAGCUUCUCUCCACAACUAUUGGUAGGUAUAAGGUUCAAGUUGGUGCAGCUCAACUCCAUCACAGGAACGAGAAAUGCGGAGCUCCGACAGAGAUUCAUUCCACCCGCAGAAUCGGCAGUCAACUCGGGGACAAAGUUCAUGUUCUCCUUCCUGAACAGUCACCUGGCGUAAGUUCUACCCGUAUAUUCAACUAUUGAUGAAGUAGUUCUUUGUUGCCCAACGACACGGAGAUCCUGACCGUCAGUGUCACGAAUCCCUCCGCCAGCAGCGCUAACAUUGUUAUCACUUCUCCAUGGCCUGGAUUCCAUCAAAUGAGCUUUUCUGUUGCUUCUGGAGCGUCGCAAAUGGUAGGUUCACUUUCGAAUGAAUACAAUAGUUUAUUGCUUUUUGUAUUUUCUUCAUUUUCUAUAUAAGGUCACGAUCAAUCCACCUUCAAUCCAAACCAACUACAUGGAUCCUGAAUUUGAAAGUGUCGUCAUAGAGAACAAAACUCUCACUCUGAUUUCUUCUCAGCCGGUUUUCGUCGUCACGAGUAAUACUCACGCCGAUCUCGACCACAUGGACAAGUAUUCGGUUAUACCGGUGGGUAGAAUAACUUGAAAAAAUUAUAACCCUCAACUUCCAUUUUCAGGUCUGUCAGCUUGGCCAGGAAUAUAACAUCGUGGGCGACGAGUCAAGCAUGGCCAGCCGUUUGAAGUCGUCGAACAUCUUCACCGUCAUCGCCACCAUAGACAACACGGUGGUCUCCAUCCUUGACUACCGUACUUCGGGACCAAUUAACUACACUAUCAACACUGGACAGCAAGUCUGAACUGCGGAAAGCUCUCAAGUUAUAAUCCAUUUUUGAGGUAACUUUGGCGACGUUCUGGUACACAACCAACAUUGUCAUCUCGGCCAGCAAUCCUGUCGCAGUCAUUUCUGGCGCCGUCUGUGGCUACGGCUACUAUAAUCAGUACGAAUGCAGUCAAGAGGUUCUGGAACUACCUGGAAACAAGACAAACUUCGCUUUUCAGACGGUCAUGCUCUACCCGACGAACAACUACGGACUGCACGUGCCUUACUACAAGUUCCUUCCUGAAGACUUUGGCGAGGUGAUGGUGCUUAUGCAGGUUGGGGAAGGCCAAUACUCUUUCCAUAUUCUGGGAAAACAGGAAAACAACACGAAUGUGUUCGUGGAUGGCGUACAGGUCGUCACUGGUCUGUCUGUCUUCCAAUACAUCAUUUUGCAAUUCCGAACGGGAGGUUAUAUCACAGCCAACAAUCCGAUUUAUGGAUUAGCCGUAGGUUCUCCAGCUAGUCAAGUCGAAGAGGAUCAAAUUUCAGAUUGGAUCAACGAAUGCUAAUAAUCAAUCAGGGCCUUUCUUCGCCCACAUACCUGCUCAAAAAAACUUUAUCAACUCUCCUGUCACAUUCCCGUAGUGCGCAUCCCUUAGAAGCGCUUCAUCUCAUUUAUUCCAGGGUCGCCCAAGCAGACAAUGAAAAGUCGCUGUCCAAUUACGCGAGAGUUGUGACUUUAAUCGGCAAUAUCGGCUUCAUUCAACUGGACAGCUACGUGCCCAAUGGAUUGGUUUACACCAGGUAUGUCGAUAAUCAUUUCAUUCUGAAAAAACUUGCAAAAUUCAGAAUGGGUCGCAGUGAGUUUUACUUCAUCGACAUUCCAGUCCAACCUGGCGUUCACACUGUAUCUUCUCUCAACGGCGGAUUUUUCUCGUUAUUGAUCCAUGUGAAAACUUUUCAUAAGUUUGAGUUCAGGGUAACUGUCUAUGGAUUUGGAACAAUCACAUCUUAUGCAUUCACACCGGAAUUGGAUUUGCAAAGUAAGUCGAUUUUUUUCGAAUUUUUCUGAAUAUUAUUUUUCAGCGUCCGGUUCUUGCUGA